AUGGAACUCCCAGACGAAAUACUAACUCAAAUUUUUGACCUCGCCGCCGAUGAGGAUGUGAUAUUUCAAUAUGGACUACCAACGGUUAUGGCGGAAACUGCAUGGUUCCAAAACGCGUUGGAUGAGUGGGCUUUGAGAUCUCCUCAGGAGGCUAUCAAUAUUAUACAGAGGAGGAGUUAUGCCACUAAGAAAGCUAUCAUGUUGACAUGUAGGACUUGGCGUCGUCUGGGAUCUGAAUUCCUCUACCGCUGUCUUUUUUUCGAUAAUCCCUCUCGGCUGCACCUUCUUUGCAGAAUCCUGGAAUCAGACGUAAACAUCAAGAAUGAAUCAGAACAGUCAUCUGUGGGAUUAGGAUGGUGGACCAAGCGUAUCCAUCUCACUCGAUAUUAUGCCUCACCUAAUAGAGGGGCGUCUCAAGAUGACAUGUGUAAUGCACUAACAACUAUUGUCAAACACUGUCCUAACCUAUCCAUAUUCGUUGUCGAAUGGCCCAUGCCCAGCGCCACGUUCGGUUUGGUAGCUGAUUCCCUUUUCAAAUACACUCGGAAGGCCCUUCACACUGUUCACUGGCACGUUUCGGCAGAAGCCAUCCCAAAGAUCAUCUGGGCACUAGACUCGCUUCCCCUCGUCCUUGCAGCGCAUAUCGAAUUUGAUCCACCUACCCAUACAACCGAAAUACAUGAAUCUCUACAUCUUGGCUCUGCGCAGAACGUCGCCUUGAAUCUGCCAUACCUUCAGCAGCUCACCUUACGCGGAAGCUUUUCCGAAUUCCUCGAGCAGGCUGUGGAUUGGAUUCUUCCUGGAUUGCGAAAUCUCUCUAUUGAUUGCGGAAAUAGUCGAUCCGAGACACCUGACAUUGUUGGUUUCCUCGAGAGACAUGGGGAUAAAUUAAAGGUUCUGGACAUAAACUCGAUCCCACCUUUGGAAGUCCCCGACAUUUUGGAGUUGUGUCCCCAGCUUGAAGUAUUUUCAUUCAAUGCGGAUUGGCGAUUUCAGGCGCCAACACUACCCGCCACUACCAGUGAUGGAAUCCCGAUCACUGAUGACUCUGAACCGGAUGGCGCAUCGAGGCAGCGACGACGGCAGAGCAACACCAUGAGGUUGAGCCUGGGAUCAUAUUUUAAUGAGACGAGUAUCCUUACGCACACGCCGCAUCCCCGAAUCCACACCAUUGGACUACAUGGUCUUCUCUAUGCAUUUGGUGUCGGUUACGCAAGGAUUUUUUCUUCCGAAGAACCUUUCCGGUCUCGCGUCGUACGCCGUUCAAAUGACUUAAACUUUGGUGCAUUGAACCGGGCUCAAUUCCCACAACUACGGUGUAUAAGGAUCCUAAGCCGGACACUUUUGAAUGACUUGAACAAAGCCGACGGUCCAGUGCAGGACGAUGAAGUAGACGGUAUGGAUCGAUGGGAAAGAUGGUGGGAUAGAUGUCACGAGUCGAAUAUCAGAUUAGAAGACUGUACUGGUGGAGAGUUUGGCCAGCUACCACUGGAUGCGGAAGAAGAAAAUAUCGAGGAGGAGGAAGAGGAAGAGGAGGGGGAUGGUCAGGCUAAUGACAGUGAGGAAUAUUCCUCGGGAGGAUACUCGGACGAAUGGGAAGUUGAGGUUCCUUCUAUCGAAGAGAACGACGAUGGGCUUCAUACCCAGGAGCUUAGACAGCUCAUCAAGGAAUGUCAAGCCAUGGCAGAAGAAAGGGAUGAAUCUCCCUUCAGUGGAUUCAUUGGUCCAGCCUUCAACUUGUCUUCAUCAAUGUCAUCGGCCACAGGCCAUUCCAGUGCGAUCGCUGAUGAAUCGACCUUGCUUCCGAGACCUGUCCAACUUCAAGCUCCAUAG